UGUUGCUAUGUGUACAAUAUGGAGGCAAAGUGGUUGAGUUGAAAAUUAUACAGUCAAAAAUGUCGAAAACUGUUGGAGUUAAUGAACAUGUAUCGGGACUGCUUCCGGUUGUUCCUGGAAAAUGGAUAUGGAAAGAAGAAACAAAAUCAUUAGAUUUUGUCAGUGCAAAUCCAAUGGCAGAGAGGGACAGGAAGAAAAGAACAAGGGAGGGAAACAAGCUUAAAGAUAGGGUAGCCUCCAGUGUGGCGCGGGGUGGAUACAAUAGAGGACAAACCCGCAGAAACACCACAAAAUCUCCACAUCCUCCUAUAAAACAAACAACAGAACACUCCACAGUCACGCUGGAUGACGUCAAAGGAGUUGCUUACAGUCUGAUAUCAGACGGAGAGAAUCUGUCUGACACAUUUGAAGGAAUAUUUCACACAGACCAAUUUGAUAAUUUCCUACUACACCUAUUGAGCUAUUUUCAUUGUUUCUUUGAUAAACUUCACCAGGAACACAAAAUAAACACAACAACAUACAUAGAACCCAGUAAGUCAGAAAAAGAAGCUUAUGAGGUAGCUUGUGCCAAGCUGAAGGUAGCUCAUCGUCUGUUGGGUCAGUCCUACUGUCUCCUGGUGUUAGGACUGGGACUGGAGACAGUUCAUCACAUGGCCUGUGGAGGAUCAAGAGUCUCAUCUACCCUUAAAGACAGGAGCAUGUUUGAGACACUUUAUUCAUUCUGUGCAUACUUUGUGUGGAUUGCAUUUAAAAAGAAGGAAUAUGAAAAUAUCAGGAAAGAAGUUGGAAGAUUGCUCAGAUCUGAUACAUUCAAUCCUGCCAUUAGAGUCAAAAAUGCUCCUGAUGAGAAAGAUCUGAAAGAUAAAAAAGACAAGGAAAACAAAGAAGAGAAGAAACUGACGCCAGCUGAAUACAGGCGGCUUCAUCCAAAACGGCCAGCCAUCAAAUCAAUCAUACACCAGAGAUCCCCUGCUAUUGUAGCAGUCUUGCCAUCUCCGAAAGAAGAAGCCCAUUGGCUGUUUAAAAUGAGAAAUGCUUUACCACCAAGUGAGCUGGAGAAGAUCGGUCGAGGAGAGGAGGAGGAAGAAGAGGAGGUUUUGGAGGAAAAUCAAAUUUACCUCAAUAAAAAAAGCAUCAAAAUCGGGAUUAUUGGUGAACCCCUGGCCAUGUUUAACCUUCAAACAUUGUCUCCCCUAGGGGCCGACAAUGAGGACGAGGAAAACGAAGAGGAAGGAGAAAAACCCCCUCAUGUGGAAGAGACAUCAGGAGAAACAGUUCCUCCAGAUGACAAGGAAAAGAAAGAAUAAAUAUUCUUUUAUCUACAUAUAGGAGCAGAGAGUUAGUAGACAACAAACAGCAGUGUCCACGGCCACACUGGAUGCAGAGGGAUCCUAACAACAAUAACAACAAAAACAACAACAACAACAAAAUCAAGACAUUCAUAAACACUAAUGGAAUGAUCAAAUUAUUGACAGUUCAUUUGAAUGUUCUGUGAUAUUGCACUUGCACAGUGAUUUUACACAUGUGUAUGUAUCGGAAUAAAUUGUACUUCUGAAAAUUUUCCUCUUUUUUUAUUUUGUUUGCAUCAGGUUAAAUGUAGACUGUAGUGUUAAUAAGUACAGUA